AUGGCUGCUAAGCCAUUGAUUAACGAGUUACCCCGUCCGCCAGAUCGUGUUCAACAGGUGCCUACUGCGUGGACUAAGCCGCCACAUGGUUGGGUUAAGGCUAAUUGUGACGGAGCUUGGCUACAGCAGACGCAAAAGGGAGGGGCUGGUUGGGUUAUUAGAGAUUCUGAUGGGUGGCUGGUGCAGACAGGGGGUGUAGGGGGAUUAUGGGGUAGUAUGGCCUUGAUGAUGGAGGCGGAGGCGAUAAGAGAAGCCUUGCUGGCUUGCAUUAGGGGUCGACUGGUGUAUGUGGAGAUUGAAUCUGACUUGAUGCAAUUGAUCCAGAUGCUUAGAGGGGAGCGUCAAGUUGAUGUUGCGGUGGAGGCUAUGGUGUUUGAUAUUAAGGUGCUUGCUGGCAGGCUCCAACAGGUUGUUUUUUUAGCUACUCCCCGUCAGUGUAACAAGGCAGCGCACGAGGUUGCGGCCUUUGUGUCUAGAGUAGGUGGUAACCACAUUUGGGACCGAGUGUGGCCCGAGUGGAUCUUUGAUAUUUUAGCUAGUGAUGUAAACUUAGCUAUUCGUCUCUAA